CUCCGAAUCUCCAAGCAACUGAAAGACACACCUCAAAGCCGAAUAUAUCAGCUCCGAAACACCAUAUAUAACGAUGCUAUCUCCUCGCUGAAACUCAAUCACAUCGCAGGCUGUGCCUAUCGACAUACCUACAAGGCCCGACACCGCCUAUCUCCUCAUCCCACCUCGAGCACAUCCCAAGGCUUCACAUCCGCAAACCUACAAAAUGGACGGCAAAAUUCACUGCGACAUCUGCUUCCGCCCCGGCAGCCGCAAACUCCCCUUCCUCUGCGCCACCGACGCCCGAAACCAACUCUACGAGUCCCGCCUCCGCCACGCCGAAGUGCUCCUCCAAAACGACGCCCUAAGCCAGAAAAUCGCAGCCCUCACCACCGAAGACCCCUCGUCCUCCUCCCCCUCCGAGGGGAAAGAACACACCUAUAACCCCCCCUCCACCGAACCCCCCACAGAUGACCGCACCCCCGAACAACUCGCACUCGCCCUCUCCGUCACCCUCUCCGAGCGCGACGCCUCCGCAGCACGCACAGCUGAAAUAAUCCUCAAAGCCGACACCCUGCGCCUCUCCCUCACGCAUGCGCGCGCCUCCAUCGCAGCCCGCAAAGCCGCCCUAGCAGCACGGCAGCGGGCUCUCGAAAAAGCGCGGAACGGCCUCGCAGCCCGGCAACAAAGAGCUUUGGACGACCUUGCUAAGGCGUCGAAGAUGAGUACCUAUCGCUGGAACCACGCGCAUGCUUUGACGGUGCAAGCAAGGGCGUUUCUGUGUUACCAGGCUGCGGAACUUUAUGGACUGCAGAGGGUGAGGGUUAGGGGCGGGGCGGGGGCGGACGAGUAUACAAUUGGAGGGGUGAGAAUUGUGGAUUUGAGAUAUAUGAAUAAUGCGUCGGCGACGCUGAUUAGCACAAGCCUUGGACAUGUGGCGAAUCUUCUCGUGCUGGUGAGUCGGUAUCUCUCUGUCCGGUUACCGGCCGAGAUCACGCUGCCGCACGCGGAUUACCCGCUCCCUACUAUCUUUUCGGUAGCCUCGUCUUACACCGAUAAACCGGUUCCGUUUCCUGGCACCCCAGCCCAGACACCUUCACCGAGCGCGAGUCGUCUACUAACAGCCCAUGGACGCUCGCGCACACCGCCGCCGCUGGAUAGGAAUAUGCCCCGCCCGCGACCGCUGUUCGUCAAGACCCCGCUGCCGAGGCUAGCAAAGGAGGAUCCGGGGGCUUAUACGACGUUUGUAGAAGCCACGGCACUGUUAGCGUACGACGUGGCUUGGUUAUGCAAGUCUCAGGGCAUAGAACUCGGCUCCGGGGCAGUGAGUAAAGAAAAAGGCGUCCCCUUCGAAGACAUGACAGCCAUAGGGAAAAACCUCUAUAACCUCCUCAUUGGAGGCAGGGCGCCGCCGGCGGCGCCCUCGGCGGCGGGGGUGCCUACCGUGGCGAGCGGGGAUAGUGGGAGUGAGGGGCUUGGGUUGGGGAGGUAUAGUCAUGGGGCUAGGCAUUCGAAUUUGGUGGGGAAGGGGGGGGAGGAGCUGGUGAGGGGGUUUAGGUUGUUGGGGCCGGUGAAGAUGGCGGAUAGGCUGAGGAGGGAUUUGUUGGCUGAGGUUGUGGGGGCGGGGUGGGAGAUGGUGGAGGGGGAGGUGGACGAGGAGCAAGCGGAUAAGGGUGGUAAGGGGGACAAGGGGGGUAACGAGGGAGAGAGGGGCGCUGGCGGGAGCACCAGCAAUGUUGGUAGCUCUAGAGAUGGUGAGGGUGAAGGGGAGGGGGAAGCUCGUGGUCCGGGCCUUUUGGGGGAGAGCUUUGCUAGCCUUGAGCGCUCACCUGAAGCUUCUACACGCACCGACGCGAAGCGCGGCUCUAACGGGUGGAUGAAGCUUAAACCGCGACCAUCGACCUAGAACCAGCUCAGGAGAAGGUGCGGUCGCUCGUGAUAGCGGGCGCGCAUAUAUCUCUACUGGAUGUACCAUACAUCCGUUUAUACAUACCAUUUUACCACCCCCUUCCUCUACAUCUUUUAUUACACCUUAAUCAGCCCCCCCGCCUUUUUUCUAUCCCCAGCCCUACGGAACCUUACAUCUUCCCCCGCGGGCAACCGCAUCUAGAUGCGUUCUCGUGCGCUGGAUGAAGAUUAUCCAGGCUUUGAGCAGUGUUUGUACGUGAUAUCGAGAGGGUGCGGUGAGGAAGAGAGGUGUAGUGGGAUAGGUAGGUACAGGUGCGGGAUCGAGGUGCGUGCGGGAAGGAGGUGCAGUAUGCAGCAGCUGCGUCUGGGAGUGUGUUACAGCGGUGGUCGUGAUGGAGGGGCUUGAGGGUUCUCGACGCGUCGGUGGACAAACCGGUGAGUGAGUGAAUCGCAUCGCAACACGAGGAAGCGAAACAGCUACCCGGAGAGCUAUGCCAAGCUCCUCCUCCUUCUACACAAACACCGGCUAUCGACGUGAGAUCGCCAGGAGCUCUCUCUCUCUCUCUCUCCUGUAUCUCCCCGGGUCCAAACGCGCACCCGAGGCUGGAGGCUGGGAAGGGCGUGCGUCACUGAGUGGACGAGAGAGGGAUGCGUGGUGGAGGGGAGGUUGGAGGUACCUGGGUGGAUGCGGG